AUGCAGUCCAUUUUGGAUAUAGCUAGUGGCCAGUUGAUGGUGUCAGCUGAACUAAAUCAGAAUGGGGAUAAUGCUGAGAACCUAUCUCCUGAGCAGUUGCUUUCUGUAGAUUCUUCUGAUGCACAUGGUAUCUUCGGGGAACCAAAAGUGCUUCCCCGUGUUGGUGAUGACUACCAGGCUGAAAUUCCUGCUGUUAUCUUUGGACCUGAGUAUGAUAGCUAUAUGAAGAAGCUGGAUGAUGCUGAAAAGAACGAUCACGUUCCCUUGGAUUUUCAGCUGGGAUUGCCGGUCCCAGUCAAGUGGACCAAAAAUAUCAACAAAGAGAAUAUGAGAGAUGCAAAGCAAGGAUUUUAUACUCAAUCAAAUAAUGCACCUUCGCUAUUUGGAAGCGUCAGAGAGACAAACGAUCAAUACCAAGGGUCCUCUUAUUCUUUGGUUCCUGAGGUUUGUGGUGAUUCUUGGAAUGAUAUUGAAGAAGCAAGUUUUCUUCUAGGUUUAUAUAUCUUUAAGAAGAACUUUGUGCUGUUGGAAAGGUUUAUCGGAACUAAAAAGAUGGGGGAUAUAUUGCUAUAUUACUACUCAAAAUUUUAUAAGUCCUCUGAGUACAAUAGAUGGUCAACAUCCCGCAAAGGGAAAAGUAAAAAGUGUGUAUCUGGCAAAUCGCUAUUUAGUGAUUUGAGGCGACAGGAAAUACUAUCUCGUCUGCUUUCCCAGGUGUCCGAGGAAUGCCAGAAAGAACUAAUAAAGGCCACCAAAGCAUAUGAGAAGAACGAUGAGAAGAACGAUACAUCACUAAUCGAUUAUGUAUUCUCUAUAAAGUCCAUGGUUGGGAUAGAGACUUUUGUUGAAGUAGUUUCCAUUGGUAAAGGCAAGAGAGAUCUCACAAACAAGGUCAUUGCGCCUGUGCAGAUACCAACUGGGGAAGCAUUCUGGCCGCGUUUGUUGGCAAGCGGAUGGCACUCAGAACAGCCAAAGAAACAGGCUUGUGUUCCAGGUGCAAAGGAUACCCUGGUCUUUCUUACGCCUGCUGUUGAGAAGUUUUCAAGAGGAUUGCUGAAAGGAAAGCAUUAUUUUGUCUCUGUUAUGGAGGUCUUGGUCAAAGUUGGUUCUGAGCCAGAGCUUCUCGAGCCUCACGCUGAAUAUGAUGAAGGAGAGAAGGUAGAGGAGGAUGGCUGCAUUGAGGAGAUUUCUGACAGCAGUUCCGACGAACCAGUGAAAAAAGUCAAGAAUCUGAAAACUUUGUAUGAUGACCAGCAGGCAAGGAAGCCAGUGGAUAUUCACCUGAGCCAAAAGCAGAAGCACAAUGAUCUUGAUACUUCAACUUCAGUUCGAAAAAAGUAUAGGACUGUAGCUUCUUGCUAUAAUGAAGAGAUAGGUUCGGGCAGGAGUACUAUUCCAUCUGUCCUGGAAUGUGGUCAUCAAGCCAAUGUUUGUGGCUCAAAUAUUUAUGAUUCAAAUGACAAAAAUUUUACUCCACAACAACCUGUAAACUUUCCAAACACCUCUGCAGACAUCAGUGUUCCUGAGCAGCCUGCUAUCUUAAACCCUCGGAGACAGAGUACUAGGAACAGAUCCCCAACGGCAAGAGCACUAGAAGCCCUGGUAAAUGGAGAUUUGACAGAAAGUUCAGGGAGGAGGCGGAAGGACUGA